CUUGUUGGCAGCAUUGAAUUACCAUUCAAUGCUCUAGUCUCCUCUCUCUACCAAUCAUCGACUUCCAAUCCUUCCGAAACACCGAAGGCUUCACCAAAGACUCUUCGAGUGUGCAUUGAUUUUACAGAGCCAGUGAGGCAACUUCUGGUGGAACUACUGGGAGAAAGGGACUCGAAAAGUCUGUUGAAAAACUCCUUCGGUUUCAUAAAUGUGGAACCGGUUUGGAGGACACCUGUCAACAAUUUGAUGCCACAUGCAGUACAAAAAACCAGUAACAUGCAGGAAAACUUGUUUAAUCAGGGCGAAGCCUUGCCUUCUACGAACUUAAAAGGUGUCUUACUACCCAACCCCUUUCAACUCGAUGUUCUACUGAACGUACGCGAAGCACGCGAUCUUCGUUUGCCUCAAAAAACCGGCCGUCUACAGCAUUCCUUCCUCGUCGUACGAAUCCCUUGGUGCAACGAGGAGACUCUUGCAGACCAACGAAUCGUUCACAAGACUAAACGCUUUCACUCCGCUAUUUCUUGGGGCUCUGGAGCCACACCAACCUUCCACUUUGGGCUUAGAGUUUCUGCUAUGCUUUCGGAGGAGCAGAUGACUCGCUUAGCAAAGGCCUUCAUCGCAGUUGAGGUGUGGGAACGACGCACAGGCUGUGGAGUUGAGAAGGACGAGAUUAUUGGUCUAGCCAAAGUCAUGACCUCGGGACUUGCUUCAUUCUAUCCAUUAAACACGUCCUCCAAGAGACUAAUUGAGUCUCGCUUUCUUUAUGAUAUUUUCGCCCUUCUUUUUACACCAUAG